AUGGAUGGUACAGGCAGGUACAACCAAGUAGCCUGGAAACUCAUAGACCUGGCCAUAGAGGAUAUCUAUUGUAACAAUAUAAUCCUCCGUGGACAGGGCCCUGUUGAAACUGCAGAUAGAAUAGCAGCGGUUCUGAUUGGUAGGUUGAUGUCAUUGGUUUCAAAGUUGGGGAUUGUAGCUGUUAGUGACACCCAUCCAGAUGAUAUCACUUGCCUCGUUGCCGAUGCCUUUCUAGCCUACACCGCCUGCAAGAAUGUUGUAAGGGCGUUUACACUCGGACAGAAGGUCGUUCACACGUACACAGGUCACGACUCUGAUGUUCAUCUUUUGCUGCCUUUCGGUGAUCACCUUGUUAGUAUUGAUGCAGACAGUAAUCUAAAGAUAUGGGAUAUUCAGUCUGAAGAGCUCUAUUUAGACCUGCCGUUUGAUAACGGUGUCUUCAGAAUAUCGGCCCUGAUGCACCCAGCAACAUACCUCAACAAGAUAUUGCUUGGAAGUCAUCAAGGUGGCAUGCAACUUUGGAAUAUCAAAUCUAAUAAGUUACUUUAUACCUUUCAGAACUUGGAUUCUCCAAUAACAGUUAUCAAGCAGUCUCCAGCUGUUGAUGUAGUAGCUAUUGGUCUUGCCAAUGGUAAGAUCAUCCUUCACAACAUCAAGUAUGAUGAGACCAUCGUCACGUUCACCCAAGACUGGGGGCCCGUAACGGACAUCGCCUUUCGCACAGACGGCAAUCCAAUUAUGGUGACUGGGAGUACGGCAGGUCAUCUUGCAGUCUGGAAUCUUGAAGAGCGCCGCCUACAGGCCCAGAUGAGGCAUGUUCAUUCUGGGGCUGUAGCUGCUGUCUCAUUCCUCACAUCCGAGCCUAUUCUAGUCACCAAUGGUGGGGACAAUACUCUCAAGGUAUGGAUAUUUGACCAACCUGAUGGAAGUGGAAGAAUCCUGAGAUUGAGGAAAGGUCACAGUGCUCCACCAACCAGCAUCAAGUAUUAUGGCAAAAUGGGCAAAACCAUUCUGAGUGCAGGUCAAGACGGUACACUGAAAUCCUUUUCUACGGUCCACGACAAGCAUAACAAAGACCUUGGUGUAGCGGCCUAUGACAAGGCACCAGGGAAGAAGAAAGACAGUAAGAAAGGAUGGAAACAAAUGAGAGCUAUCACAUGCUUUGCUGCAGAAACAAGUCGUGAGAGUGACUGGGAUGGUAUUGCCGCCUGUCAUCGGGGCACCCCUAUGGUGACAACAUGGAACUACCAGAAGAGCAAUAUGGGCAAGCAUAAAAUCAAACAUGAUCGCUUCAAAGGAGUUCCGGGUGUCCAGGCGAUGGCUGUUGAUAUAUCAUCAUGUGGAAACUUUGUAGCCGUUGGCUGGAGCACGGGUGAUGCUGAUCUGUAUAACAUACAAUCAGGUAUUCAUAGAGGACCCUAUGGUGAUCCUAAAGCGCAUGAUGGAGCGAUUCGGGGUCUGGUAAUCAAUGGUCUCAACCAGGUUGUUAUCACAGGGUCUGCGGAUCGUCAUCUUAAAUUCUGGCAUUUCAAAAAGAAGCACCUUCUCCACGAUCUGGAGUUCAGUGUUCCUAUCAACCAGAUGCUACUGCAUAGAGAAAGUUCCAUGUUGGCCGUUGUGACGGAUGACUUCACGGUACAUGUUGUAGAUGCUGAUCUGAAGAGGAUAGUUAGAAGGUUCUCAGGACAUCACAACAGGAUAACAGACUUGGCAUUCAGCCAAGAUGCUAGAUGGUUAAUCACCGCAUCCAUGGACUGUACAGUGAGAACAUGGGACCUUCCUACUGCUAAGUUAAUAGAUUGUUUCCUUGUAGAUGCAGCUGUUACCAGCCUCACUCUCUCUCCUACCAAUGACUUCCUGGCUACCUCACAUGUUGACGAUCUGGGAAUUUAUCUAUGGUCCAACAAGACUUUGUACAGCCAUGUUAGCAUGAGAUCUCUACCGGAGGAUUAUGUACCAACUCUUAUCAGUCUACCUGGAACAAGUGCAGAAAGGGGUCAAGCCAGUGGUGUGGAUGUUGAGGAUGGAGAUGAAGAGAUGGAGGAAGAUGAAGAAGAGGAGGAAGGGGAGGAAUUGACAGAGUUUAAAUCACCUGACCAGCUUGGAGAAGAAUUGAUUACCCUUUCACUGCUUCCUAACUCAAGAUGGCAGAGUCUUACACACCUAGAUCUUAUCAAGAAAAGGAAUAAGCCAAAAGAACCUCCAAAGGCGCCCAAGGCAGCUCCCUUCUUCCUCCCUACUGUAGCGGGUCUGACACCAAAGUUUGUUGCAAGCACUGAUGGUGAGACAGAUAAGCCAUCUUCCCAAGUCUUGAAUCUAUCCAGUAUGGAGAUGAAAUCUGACCUUUGUAAUCUUCUGGAGAAAGGGACUACCCCAGAGCACUAUGAUGCAGUCUUGAAGUUCCUCAAGUCCUUGUCUCCAUCUCAGAUUGACAUGGAGCUGAGGUCAUUGGAUCCUAUUGGGGGUGGGUCGUUGCUGGCUAUGAGGCAAUUUAUCUCUUUCCUUCAUCAUCGCUUGACAACUGGUAGAGAUUAUGAACUCAUACAGGCAUAUCUAGCUCUCUUCCUCAAGCUUCAUGGUGCCUCAAUAGCAAGAGAUCCAGACUUAGCUGAAGAGCUCUCCUCACUAGCGGAAGUACAGGAGUCAUCAUGGUUACGCAUCCAGCGCCAUUUUGACCAAAGCCUCUGUCUUGUCAAGUACUUGAAGAGUGCUAAGAUAUGAUCCAUGGCAUUGGUCUGAGAACUCUUUUUGUUGAACGAUGGACCUUAGGACCAGAGAUGUUUCCAUCCAAGUCACGCGGACAACUCUGGAUAUCAAUGUAUAUGCUCUGAAUAGGAAUCAGCCAGCAUGAACGUGACAUAUCUUUUGUGUAUUCAUAAAUGCCUGUAUGUCUGAACGCCAGUUUAAAAUCACCACAGUCUAACUCUAUGCUAAAAUUAUGGAAAACCAAAAAAUCAUAGAUUCUUUUCAUAACGUGUAUUUCUUGUGCUUACUAUUUUGCUCCCCCUUGCUUUCAUGAUGAACAAAAAAAAAUACUUCAGUUA